AUGGUCAGGCUUUUGUUUUACGUUGGAUUAUUGCAACGGCUCUUCGACCAACUGCAAUCACCUUCUGAUGGCGAGCUAUUGUUCUACCUGAGUGGGAGUGAAAAGGAGCGAUCUGUCUUCAAGUACGCCAUCACUCGAGAUUACAGUACACCAGACCAUCAAACAGUGAAGAGUCGGACUCUGAGGACGACAAUGAAGAGUCUGCAAACACUGGAGACAACAAUGAUUCCACAGAAAACUCUAGUUCAGCUGUGA